AUGGCGACCACCAGAGUCAUUUUGGCCAGAAACCGGGUGGUCUGCAGGUCUUGUACACGAAAGUUCCAGACCCAGGCACGCCGAUCCUACGCAAGCGUAGGCGCAACAUCGUCGGCACCCGAGCCUGACAUCUAUGAUGUGGUUUGCGUGGGAGGUGGGCCGGCAGGCUUGAGUCUUCUGAGCGCUCUCCGGGCUAACCCAGUCACAUCCCGUCUCAGAGUAGCACUUGUUGAAGCUCAAGAUCUCUCCAAGAUUCGCGCAUGGAACCUUCCAGCCGACAAGUUCUCGAACCGAUGCAGCUCCCUCACCCCGACCUCAGCGCAAUACCUCAAUAUAAUUGGAGCAUGGAGCCAUAUCAAGCGCGAGCGUGUCCAGGACUACAAUGAAAUGCAGGUUUGGGACGGUGUUAGCGGCGCAAGAAUUGAAUUCGACUGGCCAGCUGGUGGAAUGCCGGGCAAGACAAUCGCCUACAUGUGCGAGAACCUCAACUUGACCUCUGGUCUCUUGAGUCGCUUGGAAGACCUUGGUGGGGUCUCGGUAUUUGACGGCGCAAAGGUCGAGAACAUCAGCUUCGGAGAGGAAACGGAGGACUUGGACCUGACGCAGUGGCCUGUUGUUCAUUUAUCAGGCGGAAAGCAGCUGCACGCAAGACUGCUGGUCGGAGCCGACGGCGCAAACAGCCCAGUGAGGACCUUCGCCGGCAUCAAGGCGCAAGGCUGGGACUACGGAAGACAUGGUGUCGUUGCGACGCUUCAGCUGGAGGGAGAGGGAUGGGGCGGGGAACACAACAAGAUCGCGUAUCAGCGUUUCUUGCCCACUGGCCCUGUGGCAAUGCUGCCGAUGCCUGGAAACUACUCAACGCUGGUAUGGUCAACAACACCUGCCAACGCCGCACUCUUGAAGAGCCUUCCGCAAAAGGAGUUCAUCGCCAUGGUCAACGCUGCCUUCCGACUGAGCCCCAUCGACCUAGAGUUCAUGCACAAGCAGGAGUCUGGCCAGUCUGAGGAGCUUGCCUGGAGGCUGGAGCACACCGGUUUCGAUCACCGAGUGAUUCCCCAACAGGUUAUUGGAGUUCAAGAGGGCACCGUUGCUUCUUUUCCGCUCAAGAUGCGUCACGCAGAUACCUACACUGCCGAGCGCAUUGCUCUUGUCGGCGACGCGGCACACACCAUCCAUCCACUUGCCGGCCAAGGCCUGAACCAGGGUCAAGGAGAUGUCCAAAGCUUGGUCAAGACUAUUGAGACAGCCGUUUCUACCGGCCAGGACUUGGGCACAACGCUUUCUCUUGAGCCGUACAAAGCGGAGCGUUAUGUUGCAAACCACAUCGUAUUGGGUGUCUGCGAUAAACUACACAAGCUGUACUCCGUGGAAAGCGGGCCCUUGGUGCCAUUGCGUUCUCUUGGCCUUAGCGCUGUAAAUGCUCUGGGUCCUUUGAAGAAGUUUUUCAUGGACCAGGCCUCAACCACUGGCGCCAAGCUCUUCUAG